GUCGACCACACUGGAAUGAUUUGUUUCUCCUUUAUUCUUUUCCAUGACAAUACGGAUUAACGCAAGCAGACGAAUUUGUAGGCCUACUCAUUUCUCAAGUUUAGAUCUUUCGGCGUUUCUGCCAUUGGAGGCGGCUAGUUUAGUAGUUUUGUUGAAGCUUAAGUUCAGACUGCAUUGUUGGAUAUUCAAUACCGUCAAGACUGUCAUAGUCUUCUCUCUCAGGUCUCAGCUGUUUCAUUUCAAGAAAAGAUCUAAAGAUGAAAUAAUUGUUUGCAAGUGUGAGUGUUUCUACGAGCUUGCCCUGAUUGAGUGUUUUCUUGUCUGUUUUGUUAUAUUUUUUUGGGAGUGGGGGUUACGAAACAUUCUGACUCAACAUUGACAAGGUGACUGAUCGUCAGCAGCAGGGCACCAAUCCACUAACCAACCAACCAUUGACAAGAAAAGCCAAUCAUAGGAAGGAAAAGUUAGCGAUAGCGUGUCGUACUAGUAAUCGGUCAAGCAGUGAUCGAGUUUCCCCCACGUUCACGCCAUGGAUUGUACAGCAGACCGCGGAAGAUCAACACCUCGCACCGAUAAGUGGCCUAGACAAUGCACGACCAGCAUCGUAACAAAGGGCACGAUCAUGUGGUUGGAUUAUGGAUUACUCAUGUUACUUCCCUUCUCCCAAUUUGUUGGACAGACACAUGCAGAACGGAUUAAGGGCACCUACGAAAAACCACGAUACGAUGGAUGGUACAACAACUUGGCUCAUCCAGAUUGGGGAUCAGUCGACAGUCACUUGACGCGCAAAGUCCCAGCUACCUACGCUGACGGUGUCUACAUGAUGGGAGGAGAUAAUCGGCCCAAUGCAAGGAAACUCAGUGAACUCUUCAUGAAAGGUCCCGAUGGACUCGGCUCUGUCAUGAAUCGCACCGCUCUUUUCGCUUUCUUCGGACAACUGGUAUCUUCAGAGAUCCUGAUGGCCAGCGAGUCGGGUUGCCCAAUUGAGAUGCACAAAAUUGAUAUCGAAAAGUGUGACGAGAUGUAUGACGCAGAAUGCACAGGAAAGAAAUUCAUGCCAUUUCACCGUGCCUGGUACGACCACAAAACAGGACAAAGCCCAAACAGCCCCCGGGAACAGAUCAAUCGGAUGACCAGCUGGAUUGAUGGCAGUUUUAUCUACAGCACAAGUGAGGCCUGGGUGAACGCCAUGCGGUCAUUCACGAACGGAACUUUUAAAUUGGGCGAUUCGGAAGGAAUGCCCCCACGAAACAAGGAUCGUGCACCUAUUUUCACUGCUCCUGCUCCACACAUCAUGAGAAUGACUAGUCCCGAAAAAAUGCUUCUACUCGGAGAUCCCCGGACCAAUCAAAACCCAGCAAUUCUUGCUAUUGGCGUUCUCUUUUUCCGCUUCCAUAAUUUGGUCGCUGGUAAAAUUCAACAAGAACAUCCGGAAUGGUCGGAUGAGCAAGUCUUCCAAAGGGCUCGUCGUGUAGUGGUGGCAACAUUGCAAAACAUUGUCGUGUACGAAUAUUUACCGGCCCUGAUUGGUGAAUCUCUCGGCGAAUACGAAGGCUACAAAGCCGAUGUACACCCUGGAAUCAGCCAUGUGUUCCAGAGCGCUGCCUUCCGCUUCGGUCACACGAUGAUCCCUCCCGGCCUCUACAGACGUGACGGUCAAUGCAAUUUCAGGUUGGGACCAAACGAGACGCCAGCCAUUCGACUUUGCUCGGCCUGGUGGGACGCUGUCGAAAUUUUGGUCAACAAUUCCGUCGAAGAAUUCAUCCUGGGCAUGGCCUCGCAGCUGGCCGAACGAGAGGACAGUUUACUCUGCUCCGACGUACGCAACAAGCUCUUUGGUCCCAUGGAAUUUUCCCGUCGCGAUCUAGGAGUGCUCAACAUCAUGCGCGGUCGAGAUACCGGCCUGCCGGACUACAACACGGCCCGCCGCAGCUUCCACUUGAGACCCAUCACCAACUGGACUGACAUUAAUCCGGCGCUAGCCGUUCAGCAGCCUCAACUCUUCCCAAAGCUGGCCGAGCUCUAUGGAAAUGAUUUGUGGAAUGUCGACAUCUACAUCGGAGGAAUGUUGGAGUCAACCAACGGACCUGGUCCACUUUUCACGGCCGUCAUCAAGGAACAGCUGGGUCGAAUCCGCGACGCUGAUCGCUUUUGGUUCGAAAACAGCGACAACGGCAUGUUUACGGCCAGCGAAAUCGAGGCGAUCCGCCAAACGACCUUUUACGACGUGAUUCUCAGCACGAUGAACAUCAGCGAAGGGGAGAUCCAGCGGAAUGUGUUCUUCUUCCGUGAAGGCGACCCGUGCCCGCAACCGACUCAGCUCAACGCUUCGCUGUUGACCCCCUGCAACUUCUUGGCCGGCUACGACUACUUUGCGGGCAGCGAAGUGCCCUACAUCUACGGCUGUCUCCUCUUGGCUUUCGUGCCGAUUAUCGCCGCAGGCGCUGGCUACGGCGUCGUGAAAUUGCAGAAUUCCAAGCGUCGCAAGCUCAAGGCCCAUCGCGAAGAAAACAACAACGGCAAAUCGGUGGACAAGAUGGUCGUCAAGGAGUGGCUGCAUUUGAACCAUAAGCGACUGGUGAAGGUGAAAUUCGGUCCCGAGGAGGUGUUUUACACGGUGAACCGCAAAGGUGAAAAGCUGCGCAAGGUCAACUUCAAAGGCGUCGAAUUGCUGACGAUUGAAGUCACGCAAGACGCCCGCAAGAAGCCGAUGCUGUUGGUGCGCGUGCCGCGCGACUACGACCUCGUCCUGGAAUUCGACUCAAACGCGUCGCGCAAGCGCUUCCUCCACAAGUUGGAGACGUUCCUGACCAGCCACAAGAAGCACCUGGAACAGGUUCCCACCUACCGCGAGCAGAUGCUGUCAAACGCGGAGACGCGGGAGCGCCGAGAGAAGCGGCUGGAACAUUUCUUCCGCGAAGCUUACGCUUUGACUUUUGGUCCCAAGCCGGGCGAGAAGCGCAAAAUGGAGGAGGUGACGAGCGACGUCGUCAUGGUCAUGCGGACGUCUCUGUCACGCAGCGAAUUCGCCAGCGCUCUGGGCAUGAAGGGCGACGACGUCUUCGUGAAAAUGAUGUUCAACAUUGUCGACAAGGACGGCGAUGGUCGCAUCUCGUUCCAGGAGUUCCUCGACACCGUCGUCCUCUUCUCCAAGGGCCACACUGAGGACAAGUUGCGCAUCAUUUUCGAUAUGUGCGACAACGAUCGCAAUGGCGUCAUCGACAAAGGUGAACUUUCUGAGAUGUUGCGCUCGUUGGUCGAGAUUGCGCGUACCAACAACAGCUUGAACAACGACCAGGUGACGGAAUUGAUUGACGGCAUGUUCCAGUCUGCCGGCCUGGAACACAAAGACGCUUUGACCUACGAUGAUUUCAAGCUGAUGAUGCGCGAGUACCGCGGUGACUUAAUCGCCAUCGGACUCGACUGCAAAGGCGCCAAGCAGAACUUUUUGGACACGUCGACUAACGUGGCCCGUAUGACCAGCUUCCACAUCGACGCCGUCCAGGAGCGCCACCGGAACACGAUCCUGCGCAAGUGGGACGAGCUGACCACUUUCCUGGAGGCCAAUCGCCAGAACAUUUUCUACCUGUUCGUCUUCUACGUCGUGACGAUCGCCCUUUUCGUCGACCGUUUCAUCCACUACUCGUUCAUGUCCGAGCACACGGAUCUGCGUCACAUCAUGGGCGUCGGCAUCGCCAUCACGCGUGGCUCAGCCGCGGCCCUUUCCUUCUGCUACAGCCUCUUGUUGUUGACCAUGUCCCGCAACUUGUUGACCAAACUCAAAGAGUUCUCGGUGCAGCAAUACAUUCCGCUAGAUUCUCACGUUCAGUUCCACAAGAUCUGCGCCUUGACGGCCUUCUUCUUUUCGAUGUUGCACACGGUCGGUCACGUCGUCAACUUUUACCACGUCUCGACGCAACCCAUCGAACAUUUGCGCUGUCUCUCCAAGGAAAUCAACUUGCCCAGCGACUACAAGCCCACCAUCACCUACUGGCUGUUCCAGACUUUAACGGGACUGACGGGCGUGCUCCUCUUUGUGGUUAUGAUCAUCAUCUUUGUCUUUGCCCAUCCCAUCAUUCGCAAAAAGGCCUACAACUUUUUCUGGAUGACUCACAGUUUGUACAUUGUCCUUUACAUCCUGUCCGUCUUGCACGGACUCGGCCGGCUGACAGCCUCGCCCACCUUCUGGGUCUUCCUCAUCGGACCGGCCAUCGUCUACACCCUGGACAAGAUUAUCAGUUUGCGCACCAAGUUCAUGGGCCUGGACAUAAUCGAAACGGUCCUACUGCCGUCCGACGUCCUCAAGGUGAAAUUCUACCGCCCACCCAAUUUCAAGUAUCUUUCCGGCCAGUGGAUCCGUCUCUCGUGCACCGGAGUCAAGCCUGAAGAGUUCCACUCGUUCACGCUCACAUCGGCUCCUCACGAAAACUUUUUAUCCUGCCACAUCAAGGCGCAGGGACCUUGGACGUGGAAGCUGCGCAAUUACUUCGACCCUAGCAACUUCAACCCGAAAGAGAUGGAUCCUAAAAUCCAACUCGACGGUCCAUUCGGUGGCGGCAAUCAGGACUGGUACAAGUUUGAAGUCGCCGUCAUGGUGGGUGGAGGUAUCGGAGUCACGCCCUACGCUUCCAUCCUCAACGAUUUGGUCUUUGGCACGUCAACCAACCGCUACUCCGGCGUCGCCUGCAAGAAGGUCUACUUCCUGUGGACUUGCCCGUCGCACCGCCACUUUGAGUGGUUCAUCGACGUCCUGAGAGACGUCGAGCGCAAGGACGUGACCAACGUGCUGGAGAUGCACAUCUUCAUCACUCAGUUCUUCCACAAAUUCGAUUUGCGCACGACGAUGCUCUACAUUUGCGAGAACCACUUCCAGCGCAUCUCCAAGCGCAGCAUGUUCACCGGGCUGAAGGCGGUCAACCAUUUUGGUCGACCGGACAUGACCUCCUUCCUCAAGUUCGUUCAGAAGAAGCACAGUUACGUCAGCAAGAUCGGCGUCUUUAGCUGCGGUCCGCGACCCUUGACCAAGUCCAUCAUGAGCGCUUGCGAGGAAGUGAAUCAGGGCCGCAAGCUGCCCUUUUUCAUACACCAUUUCGAGAAUUUCGGUUAAUCACUGUGAGGAGAUAACCUUGUCCUAAACUGCGUCAUGUACAUUUUGUUUAUAGAAGAGUUUCUUUAAUUUCUUGGAAUCUUCAUUCUGUUUGUCUUCUCAUUAGCGUCGUGCUGCUUUUGUUAUUAAUCGCGUCUUUUUUUUUCUGUAUUGUCCUGAUGGUGGACGCACUUGUCAUUUUCCCCCCUUUUGUGCAUCCCUCGAUUCGCCUGUCUGUCAUGUUAUACUUGGAAAAUAAAAGACGUAAGGAAUGGUCAUAUAA